AUGUCUCAAUUCCUCGGCUACCUCCCCCCCAUUCGAGGGCAUCUUGCCCAAAUGGCUCCUCUUCGUAAGCCCUCAUUCCACAACUCGACUAAUCAUCCCUCUCUCCAGGUCUCCGUGGUCUCCGCACUUAACAGUCUCCAAGCCUACACCACACCAGAGUACACAUCUCUACUCUACAGCAAUGGCAAGGUCGCCGCAAGCCCGCUCUCCGGCCGCGUCUUCGGAACCUGGACCUUCCUCUCUGCAGUCAUUCGCAUGACUGCCGCUUACAACAUGACCAAUCCUGUCGCAUACGACCUUGCCAUGUGGACCUACGGCAUUGCGCUGACACACUUUGUUGGUGAGCUUGUUUUCGGCAAUGCCUCGCUCAAGGGCCGCUUCUUGAGUCCUUUGGUCGUUGCGUCUGCUUCGCUUGCUUUGAUGUGGUCCCAGCGUGAGGUUUACUUGGGUUGA